AUGGUUGGGACCCAGAGAUUGAGGAAUGAAGCGGGAGUGAAACAGGUUCAAGGAUCAGCGAGCCAUUCCUUUUCUGUACUAGUGUUUCUGAGCUUAUCGAUAGCGAAAUUAUUUCCCCGCGAUCCCCCCUCUGCGGCUUCUCAAUUUAACUCUGGACAUUUUCGCCCUUUGCUACCUGCAAAAAUGGACGCUACAACGGCGCCAUCUCGGUUUGACACCAAUAACUCGGUCACCAGUAAAAAGCAACCUCGUUCACAGCUCUCAAAAGCCAUGGAACACAUGCGCUUCGCUGUCACCGUCGAUCCUAUUCCUAAACGUCCCUCCGACACACCCACAGCUCCCCUCCCAACCUCAAGUCCCACUCCCACCACUACCGCAGAGCCCGAAUCGGACGCCUAUGGCGUCCCCGCUUCCUACGCUCCUCUCCGCAAACCACCACAUCGAUCACACUCCCCAACCAACAACCAGAAAAGGACCGAUCCAUUCGCCUUUGGAUCCCGGUACCUCGAAGAAGGCGACGACAUCUUUGAAUUCAACGCCUGGGACCACGUCGAAACUGACCCCGCCUAUCUCGCCUUCUCUGAAGAACAAUACUCGCGCCAGCGCCUUGACCCUGUCUCUGACUAUGACAAACAGCGCUUCAACUCCAAUCCCGAGAAAUGGUGGAACCUCUUCUAUAAAAACAACAAAUCCAACUUCUUCAAAAACAGAAAGUGGCUGGCGCAGGAAUUUCCGGUGCUGGAUGAAGUCACGAAGGAGGAUGCGGGAGAGGUGAGGCUUUUGGAGGUUGGGGCUGGGGCCGGCAAUUCGGCGUUCCCGAUAUUGCAGAAGAACGAGAAUGAGAGGUUGAGGAUGCAUGCGUGUGAUUUUUCGAGGAAGGCGGUGGAUUUGAUUAGGGAGAAUGAGCUUUAUAAUCCGCGGUUCAUACAGGCAGAUGUCUGGGAUGUUGCGUCGUCGCCGGAUUCGGAGAAUGCAGGGCUCCCGCCCGGGAUUGAGGAGGGCAGCGUCGAUGUCGUGCUCAUGGUGUUCAUCUUCUCAGCGCUAGAACCGAAGCAGUGGAGUCAGGCGGUGAGGAACAUCUGGAGGGUGCUGAAACCCGGUGGGCAAGUGUUAUUUCGCGAUUAUGGGAAGGGCGAUUUGGCUCAGGUGCGUUUUAAGAAGGGUAGGUAUAUGGAGGAAAAUUUCUACGUCAGGGGUGAUGGGACGAGAGUCUAUUUCUUCGAGAGGCAGGAGUUAGAGGGGAUUUGGGGUGGGAGGUGGCGGACAGAGACUGUGGAGGGAAACAAUGAUGAUGAAGACGGGCGGCAACGAGAGUCUUCAGAGCCAGACGAAGAGAGUCUGCGAGUAUCUCCGGGACAAGAAAUGACGAACCCACCAACCCCAGCCUUCGAGAUUGUACACUUCGGAACUCAAAAUGUAUCGCUGCUGGAUGCAAGCAGUGUUCCGCAAGCCUGGGUCUGGGAGUGGGGUACCAACAAGUACAAUACGGCAGGAGAAGGCAACCCCAGAAGAAUCCGAACAGAAGGAAUGAAUAGAAUUGUGAUUUUUGGUAUCGAGAGCGCAUUUCCACAAAUAUAG